AAUGACUUCCGCCAGACAUUAUUUUCUCACUUGUUUAAUGGAUUUUCCUUAGCGGAAUUCUCACUUCAAAUUUUAUACAAGCUAUGUUUGGAAUACUGGAUUGAGAGAUGUAAAUAGCAGCGACAUUUUAAGAGAAAGAUGUCUUAAACCAAGCCACCAAUAUGCCAUAUUUCGAGAGUGGCGACGAUCGUGAACUGAAAGUUGAUUUAAUGUUGAAACGUUCUCAAGGGAAAAAGAAGAUUUUGACAGCUAUCAAUUACAAGGAACGUGUGUUUGUAUUAACUCCCAAACAACUACAUUAUUAUGAAGGCACUACAGAGGUAAACAGUUUUGUUUUAUUGCUUGCAUUUUGAUAUACUAAUAUUAUAUAAUUUUUUAAAUGAUUUAUUUACAUCAUUACAUGUAAACACUUGUUGAUACGGGAAUGUACUAACAUGCAUGGCUAAUUGUUAUUGAAAACAAUAUUAAAGAAGGUCUAUACUCAGAUCAAAGGUUUCCUUUCAUGUUCUAGUCCUGUUCUUGAGUAUGUUGGGAUGGAUAUAAAAACAACAUAUGACAAUUUUGUGAAAUUUAUCAAACUUAAAUUGCUGCAUUUGGGAUUGGAAUUUGAGUAAUUUAAUAUAUAUAUACAGUAUAUAUAGUCAUUAGUGUAAAUACACAGGUAUAAUAAAUACUAAUCACCAUGUAAUUACAAACAAGAGUAAUUAAGGUAUUUUUACACCAUGCAAUUUGUUGGUGAAAUUUCAGGCUUUGCUAUUAAAUGUUUAGUAUUUCCAGUUUUAAUGACUUCCUCAGGUCAGAUUCUACUUUCUAUACUGGGUAAAUAAUCGAAAACCGUCAAAAGGUCGGCAUGUCUCGGCAUUUUUAAAAAUCUGUUUCCAUGUUUUGGAACACUAGUAAUCACAUAUUAGCGAAUCAUUGAAAUCGGAAAAUAAAGCAUGCCUUUUUCCAUGGAAACGCGAACUACAAUAACACUACAGCUUUUCUAAACCAUCGUGUUACCUAAAUUAUUAUAGAAUACCUAUCAAUUUUUAAACCUCACACCAAAGUGUGUUUAGUUUAUCGAACUACAAAUUAAAUUCUAUAAUCGCUGACUUUUUAACAGCUAUCAGCAGCACCAAAAUUCUUACUUUGGCUGAAUUAACGUUGGCAAAAAUUUGCCGACCUGGGAGGUUGAUUAGGUCGUUAGGUCGGCAUUGCCGAAUGCUGACCUCGUUUUUGAGGGCUGGUUUGUAGUAAUAUAACUCUGCAAAAGGUGUGAAUUGCAAUUCAGGACCACUGAGUGACACUGGUCUUCUUUUGACGAGUAAAAUCAUCUGGUAUUAGACAGGGUAAGAUUUGUAUUGCUAAUUAAAGGGUUAAUAUACAUGUACAACAGUUGUCAGCACAAGUAUCAAAGCAUUAAUUACUAAAAGAAACACAAAUGUGUAAUGAUAUUUGCCAUUCCACCCUGCAUUUAUCUAUUAAUGUCAUCAAACCACAUGACCACAAAUAACCAGUGAGUGUACUUUCCUAUACAGAAAGUGUAGCUUGGGUAUUUGUACUUGCAGUUUGAUUUUGUGUUAAUUAACAUGUGAUUAUUUUAUUAUGUGAACCUAAGUUUUGAGGGUUUUGAGGAAACCAUAGGAAGCAGAGUACGUAUUAGCAGCUCACAUGAAUUUGCGAAGUAUUUCUCACGUUUUGCAAAGUAAAAUUCAUAUGAAAAUGGAAAAAUGUGAAGCAAGUUUUAAAAAUUCUAUAAUAAGCUCUUCUGUCUUACAAUUAAUUUAUUUUCAAGUUGAACAAGUUAAACUAAGUUUCAUUUUGUAAUUUCAAAAUAUUCACAAAAUUUGCAAUGAACAUGUCUUUGCAUGCAGGCCACAGCUGUGGACUGGCUAAAAACGUCUGAAUUCUUAAACUGAGAUUUGGAUAUUUUGAUCUAUUUAAUAAAUGAGUUAUACUAAAACAAUUAUAUGCUGAUUCAGUGAUUAUCAGUGAAUAUACACAUCAACUUUGUCUCAAAUAUUGAUCGAUAAUCACUUUGCCUUUGGUGAACAAUUCUUUAUUAUUCUGGUUACAAAGUCUUCACAUUCUUUCUUGGAACCAAGGCAUUAAUAACCCAUUGGGGACCAGCACUCUUGUUGAUAGCUGAUGUGUAAUAAUUAGAUUAAUUUUAAAUUAAUAAUUCUGAUAUCCCUAACAAAAAAGUCUAUAUGCCUGGCCUGUGCCAACCUAUAGGUUUCUAUAGGAAACCUAUAGAAAAUAUUGGUCGGGAAGCAGGAUUUUAUUCCAUCGUGGGAAGUGGGAUUAAUAAAAAUGCCAUUGAUGGCGAUAUGCGGGAAAGUAAUCCACAGGAUUAGCGGGAUAAAUCUUUGCUCGAAAUUUACUGUUUUCAAGGAUGAUAUUGAACAUUAAAUGUUUCCCAUCAAGCUCCCAUUUGCAUGUACAGUAUGAUCGCGGCUUUCAUACGAGUCGCGAUGUAGAGUCAUUUAUUAUUUUAAACUUUGUUGUAUUGUAUUCUAGAUAGUGUUAUAACUAUUCAAAUUGUAUUCUAUGUCGUUACCAUAUCUUUGAUUACCUGGUUAUCUGUUGUCUACAUCUAAAUCAUAAUACGUUGAACAGUGUUCGAAAAAAGUCGGGAGCUGGAAAUUGGGAUGAGGCAUGCCGGAAUAACAGGAUUUGAAGUGAAAAUCGGUCGGGAUGGCGGGAUUUCGGAACCUGAUACAGGCCCCUCUUUAUAGGCAAUUGGAACAUUUUUUAUAGAUUAAGAUUAUCAUGACCUGUCCUACAAUAUGGGGAUGCCUUAAAGCCUAUAGAGCUCUAUAGGUGCUUACCACUCCACCCUACCUAAGACUGUCUCAAAACGCUUUGUUGGAUAAGCAUUCUUAACUACCACUGACAGUAAUGUGCAUUGAUAGUUUUAAAUCAAUUAAAUUCUUACUUGUUUAUAACUAUACUGUACAGUAUAUAGGUUUCCCAGUAAUGGGACACUGAUCUGAUUAUACACAGAAUUGACUACUUCAAAGAGUCUGUUUAUCUUUUGAAAUUCAAUGGUUGACCAUGCAUGUCAAACGCUUUUUAGAGAAGAACCCCAUUAAUUAGAUGUGCAAUGUGUCUUCAAAUGAAAAACAAAUCCAGAAGUAUAGAAUUUAUUGUCAUAUACAUGUACUGUAGUACUGUACCAAGCUCAUUUUUGGCAUGACUGUUUUUAGGGACCAUUCAUUAUUUAUGACCAGGGGUGGGCUGGCAAAAUUCAAUUAACAACUAUAAAACAAAAAUGUCCUGCCCCACCCCCUGCAUUACAAAAAAAUUCAGUGACCCCCUUCACACGAAUUCUAAAAAAUAGUAACCCCCCACCACCACCACCCACCGACAAUAUAAUAAAUGUACAGUACUGUAUAGAAAUGAGCUCUUUAAUUAAACUUGUUGUAAAAGGCAUCAGUGAGAUCUUUCUUUUACUUGUGCUUUCAACAAUUAAUAUGCAUGCCUAUUUAACCCAUUAAGCUGCAGAGUUUCCUGUUGAUGAGUGAAAUUGUCUGGUGUUAAACAAGUAAAAACGAGUGAAAAAAAGACAUAGUGAAAAAACGACAUACGUUUUGUAAGAAUGAUAUGUUCUAUGUUCAUGGAAAAUUUAGAAGAAACAGGAUGAAAAUUAAAGAAGUUGAAGCAUAUUGGCGUUUUUGGAUGCAUUUUUGACUUACAUGUAGGGUUAGGAUUACAGUGCCGUAGGAAGCUCUUUUGGAUUGGAAAGCUGAAAGCGAGGGCCAAAGGCCCGAGGAAUUUUUAAAUUUAGAGUCUCUGAAAUGCCAUUUCCUGGACUUUGGGGAAGAUUUGACAGAAUCCUGAUGAUCAGAAAACAGCAUUUUAGUAUGUCAAAAUUUACAAUUUAGUAGCACUACUGUAAAUGGGCGAUUAGGCGUAUUUAAUUAACUAUAUAUUGGAUAAGUUGCAGGAAAGUAUGAGAAAUAUCUUCAUUCUUUGCAUGUUUGUCAUGGAUAAUGUACUGUAGCUGCUUAAAAUUAAUCAAUUGUCAUGAGUAUUUUAAAGGUAUAUUACCUGUAUUUAAAUGAUAAAGGUCUGCAUGAUUUUGGAAAAAGAACAUUAUUACCAAAUUAUUGGGGGGGGGGGGCUGCUACAUCGCUUACUCGUUAAUUAUCUUUUUUAUUAAAAUGUACAUAAUUGAAAUAUGACAAAAAUUUAUGGCAAGUUCAUGGCAAAAGUUAUAAGGUAGAUGUUCGAUUAUUUUUCAUAUUAGCUGCGCGCAUUGCAUUUUGGGUCUAUCUGUUGAAAUUGAGAAUUUUGCUAGCUAUACAUGAAUUAUAUUUCCUGCCUUGCUCGCUCGCUCCCUCCCUCCCUGUGGUAGCAAUAAUCGUUACAUGUCAAAUUUUUCUCCACUAUAAUAUCACUAUAUAAAUAACUGGACCCCCCCUUCUGAACUAAUAUUUUUAGGUGGCCCCCCUUUUUUCGGUCAAAAAUACCUCAUGACCCACCCCUUUUUUUGCCAGCCCACCCCCAGUCAUAAAUGAUGAAUGGUCCCUUACUUUGAGAAAUUUCUUUUGUGUUUAGAAACGUGGCAAAAUAAAAGGUACAGUUGAACUUAUCAAAGUGAAAGCAGUUGAAGCUGUUGAUGUCCAGGCAUUUGAUAAACCACAUUGUUUUCAGGUACCUAUGAUAUUCAUUACGAUAUUCAUUAACAUGUUAAUUUUCUCUACAGUUUAAACAUAGUGAGUGUGAGUGUUUUGGCAUGUUGACAGAAAAUCUCAAAAAAUGGAUUAUAUAGAGAAUAAUACAUGGGUGCGCGGAAAUACCAGAUUUAUUUCGAGUGUUGAACAUGAUAUCUCACGAGUGAGCGCAGCGAACGAGUGAGAUAUCAUGUUCAACACGAGAAAUAAAUCUGGUAUUUCCGCGCACCCAUGUAUUUUUCUGUUUAUUAUAUAAAGGACAGUCUUUGAAAAGAGAUAAUUUUUACGGAAAAGCGAUAAUUUAAAAGCGAUAAUUUUCACAUGUGAGAUUAUCAUGAAUAAUCUCACAUGUGAGAUUAUCACUUUUAUCAGUGCUCGAAAUCUCUUUCAAACACUCAUUAAUAAUGCAUAAGCUUAUUGGCAAAUCAUGUCAACCAUAAUAUGUCAUGUGCAGUGGCUUUAAACCUGAUAAAACACUCCUAAUUUGUAUUCUUUAUAUAAAGAAUACUAAUAAGGCAGUAUCUAUUGUUGUCGUGUUCUCAUUAGUAUUUUUUAUAUAAAGAAUACUAAUAAGGCAGUAUAUCUAUUGAAUUUGUAGUCGUGUUUGAAGCCGUUUAAUAAACUCGCAGGUCGUGUUUUAUUAGGUCUAAAGCCACUCGCGCUGCGCGCUCGUGUCUUUAAACCUAAUAAAACACUCCUGCUCGUUUAUUAAACAGUACAUAAAGCACUAUACUUUAUAUAAUAAAAAGAAAUAAUUAUGGGAAAAUGUUAAAAAAACAUGCAUGAAUUGUAUUAACAAGCUGGUCAGUGUAUGGCUGUGUCUUGUAUGGGGAAUCAUUAUGGUAAAACUUGAUGGAUGCACAUACAGUAUUAGAUAUUAUAUAAUACCUUAUUAAAUUCUGAUCGUUUAAUUGGCUGUUUAUGGUCACGUGAUAUUGAAUAGAAAAUUCCAUUUCCCAAGAGUGCAAUGGAACACGUUCCAUUGCACUCUCCGCGAGUGCAAUGGAAUAAAACGUAUAGUACAAUUGCACUCUUUGUGUUUUCGAUAAAUCGCAUCCCUCAAAAUGCUUCUCAUACGAAUCUAUUAGUCUAUUUUGGUAUUAUAUAAAACAAAUAAUGAAUGUUUCUUCGUGCAAUGGCAAGAAUAUUUUCAUUCGGUGAAAGAUGGAAUGUUCCAUUCAACUCGGCUGUCGCCUCGUUGAAUGGAACAUUCCAUCUUUCACCUCAUGAAAAUAUUCUUACCAUUGCACUCAUAAACAUUCAUUAUUUGUAUAAUAUAUAGCUUUUUGCUUUUUAUUGGCUCCUUUCAAAACAAUAAAAUUGGUUCCUUCAGGGCCGUCACUAGGGGUAUGUGCGGUGUGACACCUCCCUGAAAACACUUCACCCCUCGACCCAGAUUUUGGAUAAUUUGUCAGCAAAAUUUUAAUUUUUGUCGGCAAAUAAAAUUACACCCCACCCCCCUGCUUAACCCUUUUUCAGGACGGCCCUGGCUUCGUUCUUUAGAGAACUUUCGUCCAAUUGGAGGUUUUCUGAACAGUUGCGCAUCGACUUGCUUAUAUUGGAACAUAACUGUUUUUAUCUUCAUACCUUCACGCCAAGUACUGAAUGUCUCCUCCAUGUAUAGGUGGUAUAUCAUGAGUACAUUCUGUACAUUAUUGCAAAUAAUGAAGCACAGAAGUCUGAUUGGAUUGAAGCAAUUCAAGAAGGUAAUUGAAAUUAAUGUGUACCGUAGUUUAAUUUUGUAAUAUAGUUUUGUAAUAUGAAUAUGCAACAGGACAUACAACUAUCAACAUUUUACAUUUAGCUUAUCCGCUUUCCUUCAAUGCGAUACUGUAGGUUCUUUGGCUUUUUUCUGAAAAUGGCGCGUAUGUAAUCUCGAACAAGAAAUGCGGUGAGAAUAACUUGUGGGUGUCCUAAACACGUUGAGAUCCAUGCUUCUUUUUCUCGUAACUUCAAGGCUGCACGAUGGAUGCCAGGGAAAAAAGCCACUGAAAUUACUCCCCACAAAAUAUCUGAGAGUGAACUAACAUUGCCGCUGUUAUUUUCAGUAUUGUUUUGUACAAAGAAAAUAUACAGUAGUUAUGGUUAAUGAUUGAUUUAUUAUAAUAUAAUGUAGAAUGUCGAAAGAACAAGUUUUUGCUGUCGUAUUUUCAUUCUGGAGCUUACAUGAACAAUCAAUGGACGUGUUGUAGUAAGUCUGAAAAGCAAGGUUCUGGAUGUCAAGAGACGUUCAUUUCAUUGGAAAAGAAAGGUAAGGAUUUUGAGAAAAAAGUGGAAAAUUUGAUCGAACAAACCAAGCUAAUAAUCAAUAGGAACAUUGCGGAACAAAACUUCACAAUCACCUGACAGAUAAGCAUUAUAUUGAAUAUAUUCUUCUCAAAAUCUGUGUUUCUACUUUUCUGUCCAGGUCUACCAGUUCUAUAAAAUGCCGGUGAUUUUCAGGUCACUAUUACAGUUGUAUUUAGUACAUGUACAGUACCUUUUUAGAGUUUAAUUUAGUAUUAAUGUUGUAAUAAAAAUUUCUUAUGAAGGAACAUAUAUUAAUUUUAUAUAUGUUGUUUAUUUCGUAAAUUUCAUAAUACUUGAGGAUCUUAUACUAUUCUAAAUCCAAGGUGAUUCCCAUUAUCCUCAAUAUUUUCUCAUUCAGUUAAGGAUCCUGCAUGAAUCUUUAAGGAGGAUUAUCACCAGGGUUUUUGUAUUUCUAGGAACUGAUUUCUCAGAUAAACCACUUCCACCUUUACCAGGAAAUACUGCAAGUGAGGUAAGAAUGAUUAUCAUUUUGGAUUUUUCCAAGGCUCUCAAUCGCUCGUACAAUAAUUAGCAGCGACCCCAUCAGCUUACUGUAUGCUGUAAAUACCUAUCGUGUUAAAAUAAAUGCUAUAAUAAUAAUGAUAUGAAGAAUUAUCAAGCCCGAAUGCUCACUCACUGGUUGAUAACACAAAUUGACGGCUGGAUAAUAACGGCUUAUUGACCGAGCGUGAGGUCUAUACUGUGAAAUAUCAGACCGAGGUUUUUUAGUAUGGACCGAGCGACGAAGGAGGGAGGUCCAUGCAAAAAACAGAGGUCUGAUAUUUCACAGUAUAGACCUCACGCUCGGUCAAUAAGCCGUUAUUAUCCAGCCGUCAAUUUGUGUUAUCAACCAGUGAGUGAGCCUUCGGGCUUGAUAAUUCUUCAUAUCAUUAUUAUUAUAGCAUUUAUUUUAACACGAUAGGUAUUUACAGCAUACAGUAAGCUGAUGGGGUCGUUGCUAAUUAUUGUACGAGCGAACAAGCGAGGUCAAUAAUCGGUUUAUUAUAUGGCUGAACUGAGUCUGUGAGGAUAUGCUUUUCGCGCGAAUUAAAUCGGCUAUCGUCAGUUGCAAUGGGUAACAAUAUACGGUAGGCAUGCAUGCUCAAUCAAAAACAGUUUGGUUGUUUGAAAUUUUUAUCUGUAAAGCACAGUUGGAAAUCUAAAAAGCAAAAAUUUUUUCUGUUUGCAAAGCAAAAAUUUCCCGCCAGAUAAACGACAUCCGGGACACCGGUCCAGAUACGGAAAAUACGGACCACGGUCCGGAUAUGGGUUUUUACGGACCGCUUGUCAACCAAUCAGAAUAGAGAAUUUUGAAAAGCCAUAUAAUAAUAAGUGUUAAUUGCCGGCCAGUCAUCCUGUAUUUUUUCAACUCUCUUAAAAGUUAAACAAUGUUGGAAAAGAACAGAUAAUUCCAUUGAAAGAUGUUAUCAGUUUGUAAUUUGUAUAUUUUUUGUAUACAAGAUCUUGGUUUGCACAUUGAAUAUUACCCCUCUCUAUAUUUCUAGGGACCAAAUGUUGUGGCUUUGUAUAGUUUUAGAGGACAAGAAACUGACGAUCUCAGUUUUGAAAAGGUGUGUGCUAUGCAUUCAUUAUACUGUCUGUAUAUGAUUGUAUUGUAUUAUUAUUUAAAUUUAUAUAGUUUAUUUAAAUUAUGAUAUAACAUUUGGGAUCUAUAAUCUUCAUAUUAUAUUAAUAAUUAAAAUUAUGUUUGUGAAACGCAUGACUGGAAGACAACGCCUUGAAUAACGGUCUGACAUUUCCGUCCAUACAUUUCCGUGCCAAUGUUCAAUUGAUUGGAAGUUUUGUCUGGACAAAACAGAGCAAUCAGUUUUUGCAAAGACCAAGCAGAAACAAUUAAAGACUGGUCCUGAGCAUGCCCCAGGGAAUGUGAGAUUACACUGUUACAGUACCAAACACUUCAUAACACAUCUUAAUUAACCACUGCUAUAAUAAUAUUUAAUUUCCAUCACACUGGGGGAAGUUGACAGUGAAGUAAUCACAAUUGUUGUAAAGAUAAAUAGGCCAAGUAAGUAACAUAAGUAAGCGUAAUACUUGACGUAAUCGGUCACUGAAAAGCCCCAAUAGGGAGUGAGCUGAAUAAUAAUGCUAUGAAAUGUAGUGAAUACUGGUACAUAGGACACUUAAUUAAUUAAUACCGAAUGAUUAAUCUAAUAAACUAAUUAAUAGAUCGUUUUUCCUAGCGAUUUAAAGCUGCUAUUAAUUCUUGAAGAUUUCCUAAUUUAUCAUCAUUACAACUUGAAAAGUACAAUAAUAUUCAUCACCUACAGUACGUCAUUUGAUUUACAAAUAGGACAUACACGUAAAUUAUAGGAGAUAUUCGUGUGUCCUUCAACUGGAAACCUCCUUUAGAGAAUUAACCAACGGAGGCCGAGAGUUAUGAAAGAAAAUGAAAAAAAUAGGUGCGACGUGCGUACAUAUGGUUAGACAUUCGCUCAUUUGGUAAUUACGGCAAAAUUGACUUUAGCAAGAGCAUUAUUCGUAACUUGUUCGGGACAAUGUAUUUAUAUACUGUAUGUAAUACAUUUUGAAAAUCCGGACUCACAACACGUUUUUAGUAAUUUAAGUAGAGUAUGUGUCCAGCCCGCCCACAUGUGGGCUGACCACAUCAAUUUAUGCAGUAUAGUAACCAAAUUUGAAAAUUUCCGAUCAAAUUUAGAACUAGUCGGAAUUUUUUCCGAAUAAUUUUUUAACGAUCUGCUCAUCCAUCAGUUCCAUUACCUUUGUUUACCAGGGAGAUGAAUUUACAAUUCUUAAAAGUGAAGGAGAACACUGGUGUCUUGCCAAGGAUAAAUAUGGGUAAGAAUUAGAGCUGUGCGGUUCCAAAAGUUUCAUCUCGGUUCCAGCUUUUUUGGAACAAAAAAACCUCGUUCGGUUCGGUUUCGGUUAUUUUCAAAAAAGAAGAAUGUUCAGUACAAAUGUAUGAACUCAUUUAUGUAUGUUUCGAGCAUUUUUACUAAAUAGAUGAAUUUAUGCCUUUGUAAGUUUGUAUAAAUCUCUGAAUAUUUUAAAAGAACAAUUGGAAUUUAUUUAUGAAGGUGUAAUAUUUCUUAGUUUUUAAAAAAAUUUAAAGCAAGUUCACAAAAAUAACUAUCACAGCUAAAAUAUCAACUAUUUGAGCACUUAGUACAGUGCAUAUUGUGCACAAAGAGCACAAUCUUGUUAUUUUCCAAACAUUUCAACCUGCAAUCAGGUGGGCGUUAAACGGGAAAUUAAAACCGAAACUACCGGUUUUUUGCGUAUAGUUUUUCGGUGCUGAAAAAAGUACCGGAAGAACCGAAUUUUUCGGUUAACCGCACAUCUCUAGUAAGAAUUGAAAUUGCUUUCUCUCCUCAUCGCGUGUGCACACUGCACAGUGCAUUUUACGAACUAAUAUAUUUGUAUUAAUAUUUGUAAUAACUGUAUACUUUACAUGUGUUUUAAAGGACCUGUUUGCAACGAUAAAUUCAAAUCAUUUGUUAUAAAAAUAGCUCAGACUUGAACUAGGUGUUCAAACCUUAUAGGGGACCUCAUGUCCUAUUGUUUGUUGGCCUAGUGUAUUUAUGCUAUGCUAUUGUUAUUCAUGUACGACAGUACUGCAUAGUAUAUGUAUCUACACUGAAUUUUUAAAAUAAAAAUAAUUAGUAAAAUAAAUACGCACAGCGUAAACUACUAAACACGAAGCAAAAAUGAAUAUGUUUUGUUGUGAUUGACUUGCGUAGUAAACAAAUUUAAAGUGAUCAGUGUUUGUGACUCGUUCUUUCGGAAAUGUAUUUUAUAGUUUUAUUUAUGUUUAAUGUUUAAUGUUUAAUAUGAAAAUUACACAUUGAAUAGCUACAAUAAGUAGCUAAAUUAGAACGCGCAUUACAUACAUAUAAAAUAAAUACAUUAAUUACUGUACUAUCUAAAUUAGGUAUUACAAAAAGUUUCAAUAGAGAUUUAUAGUUAUAUUAUAAAUGAGAGUUAUCAAAAGUUCUACUGACGAAACAAUUGGACUGUUCCGAAAACUAUCUAAUAUACGUAUUAAAAACGUUUCGAUAAAAAUAUAUAGUUAUAUUAUAUUAUAAAAUAGAGUUAUUAUAGAGUUCAAUUGACGAAACAUUUGGACUGUUCCGAAAACGUUCUGUUCUGUAGUGGUAAUUGUAAAACAAUUGAUCAUUCUGACGUGUAUCCCUUUUCCGUACCUUGCAAAGUUUGUUAGGAAGAAGAUGGUGCAGUUUGUAUUGUGGGUCAGACAUUUUACUAAAAUAUGAUCAAUGCACAUAGUAUGCGACGUUGUUCAAGCGUGUAUGCAUUCCAGCUUUCAAUAAUAACUUUUCGUUAUCUUUUUCAGAAUACAUUAUUCUCAAUGUCCUUCUUUGGACUUUCUCAAUACUGCUGCUCUGUGCUUUAGUAAGGCCCCCAUGCCAGACUUGCGCUCCAUAUUCAAAUAUCGGCCUGAUGGCAGAAAUGUAAAACUGUUUCAUAUCAAUCUUGUCAGCACCAUAUUUCUUUAAAAUUUUUAAUAAAAAGAGUCGCUUAACUGCUUUCCCUAUUAUAUAAUCAGUAUUAGUUUGCCACAGACUUCAAAUUAUCGUCAAUCCAUAAGCCCAAUAGUUUGAACGCGGAAACCCUUUCCAACGUUGUAUCUUGAAUGUUAGUGGUGGAAUAACUGUCCUAUUCAGACGAAAAUUUAACUGCAUUUCCUUACAUUUUUUAAGGUUCAACUCCAUUUUUUGAGACGUAGCAACAUCCAUAACUUUCAUAAUAUUAUUGGGCGUACUCCCAACUUGCGUGCCUGAGACAUGAUCACGGACGUUAAUAACCUCCGACAGUGUUGCAUCAUCCAUGAAAAGAGUUAGGUCAUCAUCACAAUCAUCAUCAUAUAUUGACAUCAUUGCUUGAAUUAAUCAAACUGCUCUCGGUGUCUUUGAUCACUGCCUUCAGUCCAUUAAUAUGAACGACGAACGCAAUUGGACCAAUACGACUACCUUGGGGAACUCCUCCAUUAAUCAUACAGCUUGUAGAAAGUUCGUUACCAAACCUUGUCACUUGCAUCCUCUUACUCAGAUACGACCCCAACCAGCUAAUAAGCCCAGGUCUGACUCUGAUUUUACAACAGUUGUCUAAUAGCACGUUGUGAUCAAUGAGAUCAAAUACCUUGCGAAAGUCCAAAAACACAAUUCUUAUUACUCGUUGUGAUAAGUCCAUUGCUUUAUUCCAUUUGUGUAGAAGGUGAACGAGCGCAAGGACUGCUGACGAGCGUGGGACACCACCAUACUGUUCCUUACAAAUUGUAGACUCAAUAUCGUCAUACAUCUAAUCAACCACGUAAGACUCGUGUAUUUUUGAAAUUGUGCUAGUAAGAGCUAUCGGUCUUAUUUCAUCCAGAUUCGUGCACGGUUCCACUUUUGGUAUAGGUGCUAGGUAGAACUCUUUCCACAGUUUUGGAAACACCUUCUGCACAAUUGAUGCAUUAAAAAUGUUUGCUAAUGAUGGGAUGGCAAAAAAAGUGCGCAAACAUUUUGAUUAUCUUGAGGUAGGGGUCGUUUGGACCGGGAGCUUUGUUAGACUGAAUGGACAAAAGCUUUUUCGCAACGCUGUCAGGUGUAACAGUCUGAAUGACCAUAAGAUGACCAUCUGGAUUGAAUUUCUGGGAAAUCAUUCGUUAGAUCUGCGAAAAACGUAUUAAUCAUAUUCGCAGCAUCUUUAUCUUUGAGUUUGGAGUCUGAUCCCUGCUCACUGGGAUUGAUAGAAGAUUUCUUCUUUCCCGUCAGUUUCCAGACCUUCUUCCACCACAUUCGAGCAUCCCCGUUAGUAUUCUGCCUUCCAAUGUUCAUUACAUAAUAAUGCCUCUUUGCCUUUCUAAUUUCCGAUGCUACUCUAUUUCGCAGUUCCCUAAACUUAUGCAUUCUUCCUUGUUUGUAUGCAUUAUCUCGCUUCCUUAGUAACCUUUUUAUUGUUGUUAUAAAAAAUUUGUCAUCAGAGUGCAUUCGAACUGUUUUCUCCGGGAAAUAGUAAUUAAUCAUAUCAUUAGUAGCUCUGGUGAAAUCCUCAACCUUCUCAUCUACGUUCUCAGCAUUUAGUACGGUUGACCAAUCAUAUUGGGCAAGACAGGAACCAAAUUGUUGCAGGUUAUAUCUUGGCGUUGGACGAAAUAUAAUUUUCUUCACAAUGUUUACGAAACGCUGCUGUAUUUUCGCCAUCCAAAUAACCAUAUUAUGAUCUAAAGUAGACAGUGGUGCAAUUACUUCUGGGGGGUUAUAAUGUGAGCUCAUGUUAGUGAAAAUAAGGUCUAAAAUAUUAGAGCUUCGUGUCGGAUCCUUAACCACUUGCUUUAAAUUAAAAUCACAAUAGUCAGAAAGACACUUCGUAUCAAAACCGUUGCUGCAGGGAUUAAAAUCUCCAGCCACAAUAAAACCUGUUUCUGGACUUUCACUCUUUCAAAUGAUACUUUGUCAUAACACGAAUAAAAAUAGUCAUAAAACUUUUCUAAGCUUACUCGAUCAAUUGAAGGAGGAAGGUAUACACAAGCAACAGCAAUCCUCGGAACUGUUCGUGGAAGCCACUUUGGACGCAGAGUUAGCCACUGACAUUUAAAGCUCGGAUCAGAGAGAUCAUUACGAGUUCUUAUUGAAAACUCUUUACGAACAUAGAUUGCACAGCCCCCUCCAAGACCGAUUUUCCUAUCCUUACGUAUCAAUAUAAAUCCUGAAAUGUUAACUACUUCACUAGGUAUAUUGUCAGAUAGCCAUGUCUCCGUAACAAUGAUGAUUUCUAUUUUGUGCUCAUUUGAGUAAUAUUUUAAUUCUUCAGUUUUCCCCAUAAUAGAUCUCGAAUUUACGACAAGCACAUUGUUGCACAUUGUUGCAUAAAUUACCUAGCGAUUUUGCUCGAUCCAUUGGAUUAGCCUCAUUUAUUACACUAUAUCAUCUGCUUUGUCUAUGUCUAUUAUGUUUCAUUGUUUUAGUUAAUCGAUCAUGAAAGAUGUACUGUAGGUGGCACACAAACCCUUGUGAGUCCGAGGACCCAUGACGUAACCAGUCACACAAACAUGAUUUGUGGUUUCAAAACAAUCAUACAUAUUGUAAUGCUUAUAUAGAUAUAGUCAUAUAGAAAUAAGUUUUUAUAUUACUUUAAAAAAUUAAUAAUUCACGAGGAAAAGACAACAGAAAUCACUGCCGUGUCGGUUUAGUUUGCCGUGAAGUUUAGCUUUGAUUCUCUCGGCUUAGACAACGUUGAUUUUUAAAAUUACUUCGCCAAUGAACUCGGUCGUUUUUUAGCCAUUUUAAACAGUCGCAGUCCGUGCUUUAUCAGAUAUAAGACACUCAACUAUCGCCUCGUGUUUUAUAUCUGAUAAUUAAAGCACUCCUGCUCGUCUUUUAAAUACUACGUAAUGUAACGUAUGUUAUAUAGUAUACCUUGUACUUUUAUAGGAGGACAGGUUAUAUUCCAGUAAAUUAUGUGCGUCAAAAAGGAGGCUUAGGAACCGAAGUGUAAGUUUUUAGCUUUUUUGCUUUAAAUUAUACACAUGUAUGCAGUAUGUGUUGAGUUCACUCGUCAGAAUAUACGCGCUCUUGACAUGCAUAGUUUGUAUUUGCAGUUGGUAUUUUGGUGAUAUCAUGAGGCAUGUAGCUGAAGAGAUGUUACUGAGGGAGGUAAUUAUUUUUAGAAAGCUGCGGAUUGAAACGUAUUCAACUACGUGAAAAAGACAAGCAAAAAAGCAAAACUCGACGUUUCGAGCGAAAGCUUGUGUUUUUCUGAUAACGAUCUGGUGUUAUUAUCACUACCUUCGCUGGCACAGAGUAAUUUAUUUCCCCUCCGCUAUAUCAAACAUGACCGCACUGAAUCCAGGGCCGCAACUACCCGGGUGUGUGGUUGAAUGUAGUGUGUGGGUGAAUGUAACACCCCACCGCCCCGCCCACCAAGAAGAUUUGUUCAUGCAUGAGUAAUUUCAGGUAAAUUAUAAGAGCAAUGACAGGCGAACGUGCAUGGAAGUUAAAAGUGAACGCAAGCUAAGAGUGCAAAAUUUUAGUUGCUUUCCCGGGCUUUCUGAGGGUCCAAAUAUCCAAAAUUUUCUCUGGGUAGCGUUUUCCCGAACCCCCUAGAAAAUUUAGCCUCCUGUCAAUUAUAUAAACAAGAUAGUUGAUGCGUAUCUAAUGCAUUCAAGUCAUAAUUUUCAUAAGCAAAAAACCGGAAAAAAUGAGGGGAAAAUGUUUGAAACUCACUAAUAUUGAAACAAAAUGGCACCUUGUCAAAAUCUUGGCGGCGCUAGUUCAACGUUUACUGACAACACCUCCAACUUUCAAACAUUAAAACACACAUUAAGGCAGUACUAUUAAUACAAUUGUUUUCAAAACUAUUGGAAGCGGGGGAGGUAAGGUAAAUAAUAGCUUUAUUAGCAUGACUAUAAAUUUACAGUGUUGCUAAAGCAUAUAAAAUUUAUAACAAUAUAUAGAGAACUAUGGUAAACUAGGAUUAUACAAUUUACAAAUUAGUAUAUGUGCAAUGAUACUUAAUAGACUAACAUAACAUUAACGUUCAUAAGAAGUAAGAAGAAAGAAUGUAGACAAGUAUGAUAUUUACAAAUAAGGUGGUUAUUACAACCUCUGCUAAUUAGCACUCCUGGUUUCAAGGUAUUUAAGCCUUUGUUCAAAACAUGAAUAAACAAAUUUUGACAGUUUAGUUAUGGUUUCACUAUCAGUUGACUUCAUUAAGUCAGCUGAUAGAGUUUGAGAGUUCAGUUUAAUCUCGUUAGAUGAGGCAUUCUCUAACGCUAAUGCUCAUAGGCUUUGCAAAAGAGUAGGAAAUGGGUUUCGUUUUCCACCUCUCCUGAAUUACAGAUUUCACAUAAGCGUUCUUCUCGGGGUAUAUUUUGGUAUCGCCCAAAUAUAUUAUUAUUAUUAUGUAUUAUUAUUAUGUUAUUACCCUGUAUUAUUAUUAUUAUUCUGUUAUUACCCUGUACCGUCUCACCCUAGUUUUCACUUCAAUAAAUUUACUCCUUCGCUUGGCAUCGUCUACUUUCCUCUUGCGGUUUGCCAUCCAAAACAAAAUGGCGGCCUGGUUGCAUCAAGUGCGAAUGGCUACUCAUGUUAAAAUACGUUCUGAUCAGUACAAAUUGGUUAUAAAUUGUUUCUCUUUCUUUCUUUCUUUUAAAAGGGAAAAGAAGGUACCUUCCUUGUUCGAAAUAGCAGUAAAGAUGGCUUGUACACAUUGUCUCUUCUGUAAGUUUUGCUUUUGUAUAUUAUUUGUAUAUUUCCUACUGUAAUUGUAUCCUUAUCUUUGUUUUCUUUUUCAUUUGUAGACAUGGUGACAACGUGAAGCAUUACCAUAUCAAACCGGAUGAAAAUCAUUUUUAUAAAAUUUCAACGAGACACUGUUUUCCAACUAUUCCCGAACUUAUUGAAUAUCAUAAAUUGAACAGUGGAGGUUGGUCAUUGGCGCCGAAAGGGUUCUAUUUUAGGGAGGUUAACGUAGUUUUCAGCUAAGUUAGGUACCGUAGUUUUCGGUGCAAACACGACAGAAAAUCAUGAUCGAACUGUCGCAGCAGUAGCGUAGGAAGAUAUUUAUGGUUAGAAGCGUUAACAUUUUUGAAAUAUUCAGGAUCAGAAAUGUCCUGCACUUUUUGGCACCGGAUUGAGGAAUUUGGACAACAAAAAAUUCUGAAAAAAAUGCUUCAUAAUUGGUUUUGUCUAGUUUGUAUGACUUAGUUGGGGCUAAAAUCGCCGGCAAAUUAGCAUAGUCGAACCACCUGAUAAACUUUCAACCAAUGAGAAAUUAGAAAGAGAGUGCUGCUUUCUACUGUACAUGUAAUUGCUGUAGUUUGUCAGUUCGAGUGAAUCGAGUCUUCCGUAUUAUAAUGGUACUGUAUCUCACUGUAUCUUUACUGCUGUCUAAAAUUUGAAAUUUCCUUCAUUCUGAAUUAUUUUAGACGAUUAAGCGUGCCAUGUAACGGUGUAACGAUUACUCAGUGCGGUGUAACGGUGUAAUCUCUUUUCGUCAAGUUGAUUUCUAACUGAAGCUUUUAUGUUUUUAGGACUUGUGACAAGACUACGACAACCUCCAGCUUCAGGCGCCACGCCUCCUACAGUUGGCUUAGGACACGGUAAUUUAGCUUGACACUGGUUUAUUGCGAAUGUUACUAAGCUCAGGCUAAUUUGAGAAUGGCAUGGAGCUCAGGCAAGAUAUCCAUUUAGCACUGCAGCUGCUAUCAAAAAUUUCGUAAAUUGAGGAAAUGUAUGGGCUUUCAACUUGUAUAUUGUGGGCAAUUGUGUGCCCUCACCAAAUUCCUAACCCAUGCUGGUAUUCCUAACCCAUGCUGGUAUUCGGCGGCGCAGUCAUCAGAGCAAGCGCCAUUCACCUCUGAGAUCCUGGGUUCGAGUCUCGCUAUGGACACAUGUGUGGACUCAUGUGAAAAGAGUCUGUCAACGCUCUGCCGAAAGUCGUGGGUUUUCUCCGGACGCUCUGGUUUCCUCCCACAGGGAAAGUUGACAGGGUGGGUUAGGAUAAACAUAGUUAGGAAAGUAAUAUCACAAUUGUUGUAUAAAUAGUCUACACGGCUAAAAACGAAUAUUGAUGAAAACAGGAUUGAAGAAUGUUUUGCUGCCCACAUUGUUCACAGUUGUCAACAAUAUUGAACAAUGUUGUUACACCCGAUUCAGGCUCAACAAUACUGUUCAAUAUUGUUGACAAGUGUGAACAACGUGGGCAGCAAAACAUUGUUCAAUCAUGUUGAGCAGCGGGCUCGGCGUUUUUUUGCCGUGUAGUACAGUAGUUAAUACAAGUAAGCGUAAUACUUGAUGUAAUCGGUCACUGAAAAGCCCCGAUGGGGAGUGAGCUUCAUAGUCAUAAUCAUGGUCAGUUGACAGCCUAUUGACCUACAUUUACAGACAAAUGGGAAAUUGAUCGUUCUGAAAUUCAUCUUGGUAACGAAAUUGGAAGUGGACAAUUUGGGGUGAGUUGUGAAACUAAACAAAAUGUAGUUACCAAAACAGCAAUGAGAUUGUGAAACGUCUCGUUGCAACAGAAGAGAUACAGUACUGUACGUGACUCAAAAUUGUGAGUAAAAUUACUUCUUUUUUAGUAAUGUUUCAAAUUUGCUCAUUGUUUUGAGUAUAAAGUGUAAAGAUUUAUUUUAUUCAAAAAUAUGAGUAAAUUUGCUCAAAAAUUUGACUGUGCGUUUUUUUGGAGUGAACUCAUGCACAACCACUACUGCUGUGCUUGUAACUAAUUGGUAUUUCUGCAGUCAUUUGUAUGUGGUUUCCACUUGUGACGUUAUUUUUGAAAUUUGAUUGGAUGAACUGCUCAUUAAUUAUUCAUGAACGGUCUGUGCCAGUGCAAGGUAGUAGAUUGAUAGGGAUACAACUACUGAACUACCUGAAAAAUACAGAACUUCGGUACAAAUAUAUACAGGGGCUUUGGUGACGCAGUCGUCAGAGUAAGCGCCUUUCACCUCUGAGAUCGUGGGUGUGAAAAGAGUCAGUCAACGCUCUGCCGAAAGUCGUGGGUUUUCUCCAGACGCUGUAUCAAUCCGCAGCUUUCUCUAUUAUUAUUAUUCAUAAUUUCUCAGCAAUAAAUAUAGAAGCAGUAUUUGUUCAAGUCGUACUUGUUGUUGUUUCAGCGAGUGUUUCGUGGUGUAUGGAAAGGCUCAAUUGAAGUUGCAGUGAAGAUGAUGAAACCUGGGACAAUGUCGGAGGAAGAUUUCAUUGAAGAAGCUAAAGUUAUGAAGUAAGUGUUGACGAAAUUGAAACUUUUAAAGUAAUACUGCAUAUUAAAGUUUCAUUCCCGUAAAAAAACGAAAUAAAAAUUAAUGUCGCAUUCUUUUCGACUGUCCUGUCUACCAAACUUGUACUGUUAUCCUAGGAAUAGACUUCGAUUGUUGAUUCCAUUCAUAUACAGCCCUGGUAUAGCGCAGAGAUCUGUUCUGGUGUAGUUUGGAAAUUUGGCCUUUUUCAAAUACCCUUUUAUGUCGCAUCUCCCACUAAAAAUUGCCGCCUCAAGGAGAGACUUUCGCGGAUAGUGUACAGUAUAUUCUUUUCCAUAACAAAUCUUUUUUCUACUACAGACUUUUUCAUCACCCAAAUCUCGUGCAACUGUAUGGAGUCUGCAGUAAGAAGCCAAUUUAUAUUGUCACAGAGUUUGUUCCAAAUGGUAUGCUGAUCAGAAUAAUGUCAGGGUUUUUUAAGGCUGUUUUUUCAUAAAACAAGUAAUGUUGUUUGAGUUAAAUUUAUGACGUGGAAAGCUUCUGAGCUAGACCUUCGCCCCUUGGACCCCCCGGGUCCCCAGACCUGCAACCCAAUCUUCUCUGUGAAAACGCGAACCCAGCAAAAAUCUUGAAAAUGUCCCUGUCUAUUUAAUUCACAAUGAAAAACAUUACUGAUGCAUGUGUACUAUUAUAUAAUAACGUUAAGAAUUCAGGCGCUUUCAUUGGUCGAGAACCAUGAUCUGAUAGAGGACAGACGCACGGAAUUACGUCACACAAAACUUUAUCUAAUAGCAUUCCCUUAUUUGUAUAGAUCAUGGACGCGUGAUAUUUGUAAAAUUUCGACUUAUUCAAUUUUUAUUAUAUACUGUAAAACAAAUAGAUAAGAUUUUGCGUUGUUUGUUCAAUUAUUAUAGAUACACAGACCAACUUGCCUCGGCGGCAAAAAUAAGACAACGGCAAAAUCGUAUAUAUUUGUUAAACAAACGAACGAACUUAAUUCUGCACACUAAACAGAUAAAGAAAAUUUAAACACAUUGUACGGUGCAGUCACCAAUAAACAGCUGCGAUGUGAAAGAGAUGCAACUUCCUUAAAAAUACAGUUUUAGCUGAACUUGGACGUUUCGAGUGAAAGGCCUUCAACAAUACUUAGAACGACAACGAACAUAUAAACAAACAAUUAACGACAGAUUAAAAAAUAAGUUUGUAGUUGUUAAAAAAUAUAACAACGGAAGUAGUAGCUGUAUAAAAAACACUUUAAUUUACAUCUGUCUGAAUAAAGGUAAAAUUUUAGAAAAUGAUGAAAGUUGUUGUUUUCUUUAGGUUGUCUUCUAAACUAUCUGCGUAAGAAACGUGAAAUGGUGCUUCGUAAAAUUUCCGUGACAGCAGAGAUGGUUAUCCACAUCGCCUCUGCAAUGGCUUAUUUAGAAAGUAAAAAUUUCAUUCAUAGAGACUUGGUAAGUUUUUUCAAGCUCCUCCUAUUCAAUAGAGUUCUUAAUGUUUCUAGUUUCUUACACUAAGCAACUUGUCUCGCAAUGUUAAGAAAAACGAUUUCAGCAUUGCAUUGCAAGGGAUGAUACACCAAGCAAUAUGUUCCAUGCAACUUGCAAUCAUCAAUGAUCAUUGAUCAGAUUUUGCAAUGAUCAUUGCAAUGAUCAGAUUUUGUUGCAAGUUGCAGCAAUUUUGUUGCUCGUAUUACUCUAGCUUAAGCAACUAGAUUUUACGUAAUAGUUGUAUGGCAUGGUGGUUUUAAUUUAAUUUAAUGUACUGUACGUUGUUGUUUGUUUGUAGGCCGCUAGAAAUUGUCUAGUUGGUUUCAAUAACAUGGUUAAAGUUUGUGACUUUGGUCUCUCGAGGUACGUUGCUUAUUACUUAAUAUAUUUACAUGUAAAACUUGCUCGAGUAAUUCAGUACUCCAAAGUGUACAACCAUGCAUUAUUUACUGUGCAAGUUUGUUGUGCAACAGAAUCCUGUUGAUCUGGUUUGGAAUCUUCAGAUUUGAAUAAUGCAAGUCAUUAAAAAUUUGCAUAGCAUGACCUGUUGCUAUGUCUAGCUUUGCCACUGAUGGGAAGUAAACCUAGCCAAUAAAAUGUCAAUAUCAAACAGUUUUGCUAAAUAAUUUUACAUUUCAUUGAAGGUUUGUUAUCGAUGAUGAGUACACGGCGUCAGAAGGAACAAAAUUUCCAAUCAAAUGGGCAGCUCCAGAAGUUAUUAUGUACAGUAAAUUUAGCAGCAAGUCCGACAUCUGGGCUUAUGGUAAGCUCUAAAUACAACACUAUAUUACAGUUGAUUUCAUAUAACUUUUCCGUGAAUGUUGCGAACUUCCUUCCGAACUUCGUUGUGAAGUUCAAAAGUUUAUACUGAAAUUCACAAGCCUGUUUGUAAACAAAGCCUCUGAUUGGUCCCUUAACAAAAAUAAGCCAAUUAGAGGCUUUGUUUACAAACCGGCUUGUGAAUUUCAGUAUGAACUUUUGAACUUCACAACGAAGUUCGGAACGAAGUUCGGAACGAAGUUCGCAACAUUCAGGGAAAAGUUAUGUGAAAUCAACUGUUGUAAUUAAUUUAAGAUAUGUGGGAGUGUAAGUGAGAAUGUGUUAUCAUCCUUACACUGGGAGCUAAAGCUGAAUUGCGAAAGACGCUGUUCAACCUGAUCGAGUCGAAGGCUCGCCUCUGGCAGUCACAUGACUCAUGUCUGAUCACGGAGCACAGCUAUGAUAGAAGGGUCAGUUAGGGUCAGUUAGGGUCAGUUGUAACCCACCCUGUCAACAUUCCACUUGGGAGGAAACCAGAUUACCCAGAGAAACCCACGACUUUCGUUAGAGCGUUGACUGACUCUUCACGUAAUAUUGUCUGACUUUUUGUGAAAUAGCAUUUAACCCCCCACACACACACACACACACACACACACACCCAACCCUCCCAACCCAAGAAGAGAUUUGAGUUUUAUUUUGAGGAGGUUAUGAUCAGUAACGCCAAUUUGUUCCCAUAUCAUGAAGGAUGAUAGACUCAGGGCUUCAGUGGCGCAAUCAUCAGAGAACAAGCACCUAUCACUUCUCACUUCAGACUCAAUGGCACUUACGAUGCAAAUGAAAGUACAAGCGAGCUAGCAUAUUGUAGCCUGUGUACAGCCGUAAAUUCUCGCGUUAAUUAAUUAGUUUUAAUAUUAUAUAAAUGACAUCUUAACUCUUUCAUUUCCGCACUCCCCAUCUGAAUAUCCUUACCUUUUAUUAAAAUCAUCAGCUACAUACAAUUAACUCGAAUCCUUCUCACUAGAUGAUAAAGUUAUAACUGCAUGGCCCUAGAAGGUUAUGGGUAAAUAUCAGGAUUUGGGGCAUUUCGAUAGAACUAAGGGUUUUGUAUACUGUAGAUGGAAAUUUCGAGUGUGAAUUUUAUACAUUUAUUAGACCUCACCAAUGUAACUAUAGGCUCUCUGGCAGGAAUCAAACCUGCGGCCCUCGAGACCCUUCCACAAUUAGUUAUAUCGAGUGUAGGUACCCAAAAUCCUAAAAUCUAUUCAUGCUUCAUGUUUAGGUAUUUUAAUGUGGGAAGUGUUCAGCGCUGGAGCUUCUCCGUAUCCUGCCAUGGGGAACUCUCAAGUUGUUAAUUAUGUAAGUUCAUCGUUGCCAAUGGUUGGCGGUUUCGGUUGCAAUUUCAUGUUCUACGGACACUAAAUAUGCUAAGAAAUCAUUAAGUAGUGAUGGCGAUAUUUUGAACUUGGGGCCGAUAUCCAAUACGCUGAUGUGGAUGUCACUAUCAUUAACAUUGACUGAAACCUGAACUUAAAUCAAACCUGAACCCUAGCCAUGACUGAACCUUAUGUUUAAAGACUUCACCAUGACCAAAAUUUCUUUCAUUUGCAUAUUUAGCGUCCAUACAUGGACAUGAAAUUAUAACCGCGGUUUCGUUCAAAUAUUCGUUUUCACUUUUCAUUGCUUGGCUUUUCCUAAGUCUAUUAUUUAAAUGUCUGCUUUUCUACCUAUAGGAAAGCCUUUCGUAUUACUACUGAAUAAUAUUGAAUCAAAGAUUGCAUGACGUCAUAACAUACAAUAAGUUAAAAAUCACAUUGUUUAUAUGACAAUGUGGACCAUAUAGGGUAUAAAGCAAUUGGAAAUCGCUUAAGUAAAUGCCUUGUGUCCUGGGUGUCAAAUCGCUAUUUCUUAUUUAUCUGUGCAGAUAAUGUCAGGUGAACGAUUAGGAAAGCCUGGAAAUUGUCCUCCAGGUAUCUAUGAUGUAAUGGAAUCAUGUUGGUGCCAGGUAAGCAAUGAGAAAUACUUAGUUUGUGUUUCAUGUGGAUUUUAUGUAAUAAACACAGGGAAGCAUAUUUGAUUUUCGUUGAAAACCAACAAAUUUUGAAGUGUCUUACUGUCGAUGCAAUGGAAGUGUUGAUAAAAUAUUGCAUGAAUUCAUUUCCUCAAGUUGAUCAAUUCAUACGAAUUCAAAUUUCUUUUUACUUCCUGUGUGUUCCCUAUUGGGCAAUCGGUUCUGAAACGAAAUCUAAUUGGCUCAUUUAAAAGUAACAGGAAGUUGAUCAAUUUUCUAUCAAAUGAAUUGAUCAACUUGAGGAAAGGAAUUGGUGCAAUAUUUUAUCAACACUUCCAUUGCAUCGACAGUAAGACUUCAAUGACACUUGUUUCCGAGAGUUUGAUAUCACAUUUCAACCGAAUCACAUACGACAUCGAUUUUCUUUGUUUUCAUUUACGAAUUAUUAAUGAGUUUGAGAUUUUUUUGGAAAAGUCCCAUUAUUUUGGUCUUUACUGGCUAAACUAUCUACUGGUAUGAGACAACUGUAGAAAAUGAACGAAAGUAGUAAUAACGGCUUGAUUUACUUCCGGUCGGCGUUCAAAUACGUCGCUUGCUUUUAAAAGCUCUCUAUUUCGAAACCAAAGUUUGGGAAAUUUAUAUGAUGGUCGUGUGCGGUAUUUAACUUAUUUUGUUUGACUGUAGGAUGCUGAUCUUCGACCAACAUUUGGGAAGAUAUUUAGAAAACUUAAAGCAAUGUUAGGGGAAGACUACGCCGACACCUUCGAGUAGCACAUAUUUAAACAUUAGAUAGCACGAUAAAAAUAUCACUGAAGUCUUCAAUAAUUAUUUGUAAAUAAAUCUAAUUACUUAGUGCUACAGUUGCCGAAAUAUUUUUAUGAUAGUGUCAUGAUAGUUCUUAUUUUCACUGUAUUUUUUAAGAAAGUGAUGAACACUUGGUUAACUAACUUCUGAGGCGUCGUGGUUCGAAACAUCAGGGCCUUUUUUAACUAUAUAACUGGGGGAGAGAGGGGGCAAAGCGCCAAAGCCCUCCCAGCCCCCAUGGUGCCCCACCCCAGACGACCAUUUUCCCAGUAGAUAUAAUAUCCCAGACCCUAUAGAUUUGAGUUGUUGGGGGGCUAGGUUAAACAAGUUAGUGACCGAGAUGUGGUAUUUACGUAAACAUGCCGUGCAAGUACUUAACUGAAGUCUAUCUGUAGUAUAAUGUGACGCUGUAUAUCCAAAAAUCUGUUUCAGAAAACGCACGAAAUGCAGCCGUAGGGUUGGAAAAAGACGAAAAAUUUUCUCAGUUCUGGGCGAAAAUGCCCCCAGUCCCCCUCCCUACUAUUACAUGCGAAACGACACCAAACUUUUUGUCACCAGAAACCAUCUGUCAUCUCUCCACACUCAGCAUAGAACGGUCCCUCUCUGUAAAUGAACCCCUCCCCACACACACUGAUUAUUAAAAUAUUAAAUUAUUAAAAAAGGCCCUGCGAAACAUCCUGUUUUGCUCUAUCUUUUCCCAGUGUAACAUUUACUGCUAGUAGAUUCCAACAUCGUUCCCAGGGAUAUUUUUGGGUGCAUGCGAAGGUGGAAGAGCUGGGAACGAGGUUGAGAUGUUGUGAAUAAGGAAGUCUAAACUUAAUUAUUUAGUGAGCUUUACAUAAUAACGAGCCUGCAUUCUAUGAUAAUCUUGAACUGUCUGUACCAGUGUAGGUAGUGGCAAUAAUAAGAAAGUUUCGGAUUGAUGCAACUACCUGAAAAAUACAAGGAGAACUUUGACGUUUCGAACGAAGGCGCUUCGUCGGGAAAUUGGUGGCUUCGAAGGACCUUCGCUCGAAACGUCGACGUUCUCCUUUUCAGGUCGUUGCAUCCCUUUCAAUCCGCAGCUUUUUCCAUUCCAGUAUUAGUUCUAACUGUGCAUAUUACGUAAACAUUUAAGCGCGAGAAUCUGAAGAAUAAAAGAAACACCAACAAGCUUUUCCAUUUGUAAAUAAUGGUGUAUGUACUAGUUUUGUUACUUUUAUUGGAAUUAAUAGAACAUUGCAAUUUCAUCUGUUAGUUUUGAGGCAUGCAAGGGUUAUUUAUAAAGAUUACUUUGCAAACAAAUUUACGUCAUAAUGAAAAUCUUGCAUAUAUAUCGCAUCACUAUACAAUAGUCAAUAUGUAUAGGUUAUUUUGAGGCAACGAGGGGACAUGUGAUGAUUUAUUCACCGAGGCGCGCAGCGCCGAGGUGAAUAAACACAUAUCCCCGAGGUGCCUCAAAAUAACGUACUUAUUUUUCACAUUGCGAGGUCGCGUUAAUGAGUCAGAAUAGAAAUAAUUCUUAAUGCCAUAUUGUCUUCGUGAUGUUGUUUUUUCGCAUUUUUUGUGCUGCAAAGACAUUGCAGGUGAAUAUUAGAGGGGAUUAUUAAACGGAAAUUGAUUAGAGGGGAAUAUUGAAUAUAUUCCCCGAUAAGAACAAAGGAAACCGAGCAGGGUGAAAAAUAAGUCUAUAUAUGUGUGGUGAUGGUCGCAAGCUUAAGGCAGGCUGUUUAGACAAUAUAUUCUAGUCUUUUAACCUGAUGAUGGAGUAAACUCCAAAACGUUUUUAAUAAAAAUAUGUUAAGCCUUGUUCUUGAUCAUUAAUGACAAAAAAGUCUAUAAUUUGUGUAUUACAAAUUAUUACACCAAUUAUAAUAGUUGACAUUUUUUAACUCGACGUUACAAAUGAAUGCAGACAAAUUGUUUAUAUUAUAAUAGUAUUGUUAUACCAUUUUCAAUGUCAUUUUUCCUUUGUAAUUCUGAUUGCUGUGUUUUCGAAACUUCACGUAGUUUCAAUGAAAAACUGCAUGGCCCUGGCAUCCCCGAUUUAUCCAUCUGGCAUCCCCGAUUUAUCCAGCUUUAUAACAAUGAACAUACUUGCAGG